CAGUUUGUUCCUACCGCUCAACUUGAGUGAGUUGUGCACCGAGCAGCAAUUAAAUGAAAAAUAGAAGAGUCAUUUGAAAGGCCAAAACGCCAGAACAUUCAACCGCAAAUAGGUUUAAAUGAAAGAAAGCAUUCUAAAUCUAAUUCGGUCAUGUGGAAUUGGAAUUUUAGUUGCCCAAGACUCCUCUUAACGACGACAUCGAACCACAAGGGAUGCCAAUGGAUACUAACCGGAUACUAGACAAUUGCCGAGUGAUUAUGAAACAAAUCAGGAUGCUGAACCGACUAUGAAAAAUGCAAAUAAUUUCCCCUGUGUUGACUGACUGGAAUCGGAAUGUGUUCUAAUUGUGUCCAUCAUUCAUCGCGUCGUUAAGGCGAUUGUCAAAUUUAUUGAGGAGAAUCCAACGAUGACCAGGUGAAGUAUAGCAGGGACUUUCGGCAGGAUCGGGGUGCACCGGCAUAUGCAGUACUUGAAAAAGCAGAAACCCAAAAAAAAACGACGGCAACAUUUUUAUAUACUAAAGUUACAUAAAAAUGGCUGAAAACCAAACCAAAACGACCUCUAGCAAGGGAUGUAAUACAAUGAGCAGGACCGCCCAUAUCCUGGCGCCCCACAAUGGGACUGUGGUCCGCCGGACGGAUCCUGGCUCCAAACUCAAAGAGAGCUUCCACACGGAGAAGCACGAUAUCGAAGACUGGCAAACGAUGGCCAAGAACAAGUUGAAGCGCAAGAAGAAACUGAGCAGCUCCCUGACUUCCGUUGGGGAUACGGUGAAUCAGGAGAAGCGCACUCGCAUCGAGGGCAUCCAGCUGCAUUGUCGCGGCAAAUUGCGACCCAAGGAGACCCAAUCCUUUGAGGCCGAGAAGGGCCCAUCUGCCGGCUCCCAGAAGCAACUGGGAAAGGCAGAAAAAGAUCGAGAACGACCCGUAAUAAUUGGUGGCGUGACUACCACAAAUGUGAUAGCAGCACCUCCACAAAGGAUCAAGAGAAAACUGCAGGAGAACAUGGACACCAUCCAGAAGCUAAAUGCCCUCACGGAGCAACUGCGUCUGGAGGUAAAUGAACUGAAGUCCAGUCUGAUCACAGAACGCGGUGCAGUGAGAGCCUUAAGGGCUCAGAAUGACGCAGAUAGUCGUCGGUGGAAGAGUGAAGUGAAGAAGUUGCAGCAUACGCUGGAAAUGGCCAAGAAGAGCAACGGUAUAAAGAAGGCCAUCGAAUCGGGCCCAGAAUCGAGUGGUGCACAUGUGACCGCCGAUGGCCUCAUCAACUAUGAAAUCCAAAGACUGACUAACGAGAUUGCCGUGCUGAAGGAAGCGAAUCGAAACAAGGAGGAGAAGACCCAGAUUAUGGGGCAGGCUGAUAGACUCAAGGCUGCCGAUAUGCGGCAAUUGAAGAACGCGUACGAAAACCGAUUGACUCACAUACAGAAAUCAGCCAAAAUUGAAAUAACACGUUUGUUAGAGGAAAUAAAGACCAAAGAACGUAAUAUAGGACAACUGAGGAAGGACUUGCUGGCACUGCAGAGUCCCAAGAAGCUGAAGCAGAAUGAAGCCAAAGUGCCAGCGACGACGAAACCCAAAACGAACCCCAACGAAACGAGCCAAAAGCCAAAGAAACCCACUACGAAGGCGGCGGGAGAAACAAAAGCUAAAACCGAACCAGAUACAGAUACAGAUAUAUCCGAGCAAAAUCCCAUACGCCAGGCUCAAGUUACACCUGAGAUAACCCAACUCAAGAACAUUGAGCUAAUCAACAAUACGAAAAAUGCACAUAAAUCAGCGCUCGAGAUGCGCACAACAAUGAAGAGCAGUCAGCCGAAUGGAUUGGAUGAUGCUCCUACACGGAUGAGGGCCCCCGACGAGAUGAGGGCCACCACUUGGAUGACGACGCUGGUAGGCAGUAACUGCCAUAGCCACAGCCACAGCCAUCCGGCAGUAGCCAAGUCGAAGGAUCCCAAUUCGGACACGGACUCGGCCUUGUCCUCGGCCCCGCCCUCCAUCAGCCCGCAGCCGCCAUCCAGCGGAUCCGACAGCGGCGUGAUUUGGCAAACACUGCAGGACCUGGACAAGUUGCAAAAGGAAGCGGAAAUGUACCAAAAGGAGAACGAACGCCUGCAGACGGAGGUGCAGCUGAUGAAACAGGAGCUGGAUGCCGCGGAAAAGGCGGCCAUAAGCAGGGCCAAGAAGCAGGCCCAGAUCGGGGAGCUGAUGCAGCGCAUCAAGGAGCUGGAAGAGAUGCAGUCGAGCUUGGAGGACGAGGCCAGCGAACUGAGGGAGCAGAAUGAACUCCUUGAGUUUCGCAUACUCGAGCUGGAAGAUGAUAGCGAUAAGAUGGAGAGCACCUGCGAGGGCCACUGCCAGAGUCUGCAGGAUCUGCUGGAGCAGUCUGCCCAGCGGCUGGAGGAUCGGGACAAGCGCUGCUUGCAACAAUUGCUGCAGUGCGUCCAGCAACUGGAUCUGGAUACCAUGAUGCCAGGCGAUCAGAACCGGACGGAAACUCCCAAAAGGCACAAUUCAACCCACAGUCACAGUCACAGUCACAGCCACAGUCAAAGUCACAACCACAGGAUCGUAGCCACAGUUCAGCCGUAUAGCAACUGUGCCACGCCCACAGCCCCGCCCACGCCAAGCAAGAGGCACUGCAACCAGGUGAGCUCGUGGCAGAGCAGCAGCCUCAGCGAGAGCGGAGUGUUCGUAGAGUGCGAUCUGCUUUCGAAUCCCAAUCCCAUUGGCCACCCGCAUCUGCAGUUCUAUCAGGAGAGAUUGGAGCAGUUGGAGGGCAAGCUGCUGAUCUACGAGAGCAGCGGCGAGACCCAGGCACGGCACUUGGCCCAGAGACUGCAGCGGGAACUGCAGCUGGAGAAGGAUCUCAAAGAGCUUGCGGACCGAGUGGAAUUGCUAAUCGAGCAAAACGCCCAGUUGGAGGAGGCCAAGUGCGAGUUUGAGGAGGCCGAGAACGAUACACGACUCCAUUUGCAGCGUAACGAGGUGGAACUUGAAAUUCUUCGCCAGCGCAACGUGGAGUUGGAAUUCGGCAAGGAAGCACUAGGCGCCAAGUAUCAGGAUUGCAGGGCGGAGGUACUAAUCCUUCGAGAGGAUCUAGCGGCAGCUGAAACCCAACUGGAGCAUCUGCAGGCCGAAAGGAAGCAAGCCAGAAAGGAGCUUCAGGAUCUGAGAAGAUCGCUUCCAUUACUCCUAAUCUUCCGCUUGUUAUCACUAGCCAAAAUGGGCAACGAGGAAUCCUCCCCGGGAGGCAGCCCCCGCCUCUCCUCGGGCUACACUUCUUCUAUACACCAGGAUCGAGAUUUCAGUGCCAAGAUCCAAACAACGGAGUUUGACCUCGGUCAAGCGGGAUUUACCGAUUCCGGCGAGGAACGGGAGAUCGUUUACCUAAAGGAAGAGGUCAAGAGUCUGCGUAGCCAACUGAAAGAGCUAAAUGCCCGGCACUACGAAGCCAUGGAAACAGCAGACUCACACUGGGUAGAUCUGGAGCAGCAGUACAAGGAGCGCGAGGAGGCCCAACAGGCCAAGGAGGCCAGUCUCAAGCAGAAGAUAGCCCAACUGCAAGAUUGCCUCCGGGAGGAUUCCCGAGCGGCGACCGAAAAGAUCCAGCAGCUGGAGGAGGGGGAACUGUCAUUGAAGUCCUGCCUGGUCCGCAUGACCAAGGAGCAUCGCGACCUGCUCACCGAGAAUCGCACUCUGCAGUGCAGCUUGGAGAGUCUAAUGGCCAAAAUGGAAAAGGAGGCGGAACACAAGAUGCCCCUAACAGAGGCUCUAGAAAACGAGAGGCGCAAAACCCAGGCACUGAUGGAUGACCUUAUCUUUGCCAAGAAGGUGCAGCAGAACACCGAGGAUCAGUUGAGGCAGGAGACGGAUGCUUUGCGCACCCAGAUCUUCAACAUCAAAAAGGAUUACCUGCACAUCGAGGUCACAAAUGGCGAGCUGAAAGAGGAGGUGGGCACGCUGGAGAACAAAAUCCGCCAGAUGGAGAACCAAAUGAGGGAUUCGGAGGAGCGGGCGCGCUGCCUGGAGGACGAGCUGCGAACCAAGGACGAACAAUGCCAGCUCUUGGAACGCAAACUGGGCGUUAUGCCCGAGGGCUACAGCCUGGCCGAUGAACUCCAUGAUAGUCCUGCGAAGCGGGCCAAGAAGGAUGAGGUACCGAGCCUCCAGGCUGCCAGCCAGGGACUGGGCGUGGCCCUACUCGAUCUCGAGGGUCGUGAUUUUGGUCUACCACUGCACAAGGACUUCCAAGCAAUUGCCUGCAGUGUAAAGCAACUGGCGGAUACCCUUCUCUCACAGAGUCCGUCCGAGAAUGCCCGGCUCUGAUGUACAUGCAGCAUGAGCGACAUUCCGACAGCGACCCCAACUCCCGCCAUCAACAAACCGAGGCAUCCCACAUGAGAGACCACUGGAAGCCGUCAAAAUCCCAACAGUCGCAACAAUCUGAUCGUGUAGACCCUCAUGACAAGCCAUCGCAGACGGCGGUCUCCUUUCUGCAGAAACACCACACGCCUAAGAACCCGGAAUCGAAGGCUAAUCCAGAUGAUGGGGCGUCCUGCUCAUGCACCGCAAAGAGGUCCAAGUCCGCCGAUCCACCAGCGGUUAAAGCUCACACCUGUGCAUGCAACACCGAUCCAAGUCCAUGUGGACUGGGUCAUCAGGAGAAAUCCAGUUCGAGGAAGCCCUGCUCCCAGAAAACAUCGGUUACGGAACCAGAGAAGGCUUCCUCAUUCAAGAGUGCUAUAACAGCGUGUACCAAGGAGCUCCUCGAUCCCUGCACUUGUGGCGCCCACCCACCAUACUGGGCUGGUCAAAGCAACUUGGUAACCGGACCAUCCUACAGUAGAGCAAUGGACCCCUCCUCAAGCACUCUCGCUCCCUUGCAUAGACCCGGAGCAUCAAAAGGCAGCUUUGGUCGAUCCAAGAGUUUGGCCAGUCUGCCUAGUAAAUCUAAUCCGCCAACUCAGAGUGGCGUCACUUGGUUGUCGGCUUUAAAGGAUCCGGAGAGUACAUGUUGCUCUUCCAAAGAGGACGAACGUCCUGCAUGUACCUGCAACGCUACCCAGACUAAUCAGGAUCCUUCUAUGAGUUCACUUCCUCAGAGCCAUCCCAAUUAUCGCAGUAUGACAUCCAAAUCAAGUAAUUUCAGGGCGCCAAACCCGCGCAAUCAACCCUCCUUUGGGCCAGGCGAUGAGACCUCAGCAACCACACGAUCCCAAUCGAUUGUGGGUCAGGUCACCUGCCUAUGCGCAUCGGAGCAUCAACCCACCAAGGCCUUUGUGUCGAGCCUGGCCGAUCGGGAAUGCCCAAAUGAGAUCCAGAUUGCGCCAUGCCCCUCCACAAGAAUACACCAUCCAUCCGGGUUUGCCCAGUUCACCGAUUGUCAGAACUCUCAAGGCGACCCCAGUACCUCUUUCCGUUCUAGGAAAGUGAGCGUUAAGGGUCAGGAGGAAUUUUGUGACUGUGAUGCUUCUGAUAACUUCUCCGAACUGUCCGAUCCCAUCCAGACCAGUCUUCAUACGCACAGGAGUCUUUCCGGGGGUAGUUGCCUGUGCAACGACGAUGCAGAUCCUCCGAAGGAACCCGAAAAGGCUACGUGUGUCAGCAAGCAGUGCCAGUGCUCUUCGAAUGACGAGCUUCAGGGGAUGCAAAGUGCCCAAGCGGGUACCGGCUAUCAGACACCAGAGGAUCUUUGUGGAAAUAGGGCUAUGGCCUGCUGUUCUCGUAAGGAACGCAUCCUGAUGCUGAUGGAGAAACUGACCAGUCCUGGUUGCGAUUGCGGUAUAUCUCGCCCCUGCCUGACCCAACAACUUUUCCGGGAACUAACACUACUCCUGAGAUCAGAAAAAGAUGAUGCAGUUGCACCAGCGGAUGAAGCUAGCCCACCGUGCCUAACCUUCGAUGAGUGCUGUACGGCCCAACAUGCUGGCAAUGGGGAAGGCGAUCCAGUCGAAAAACCCCCGUCAAAGAGAGAGCUCCAACGAGUCGAGUGCUUUCAUCAACUGGAGGAAUACCUCUGCAAGUGCUUCCUGCCGCCGGCAGAACCUCAGAUUCCUGAGACCGAUAUCUAUGCUUUUGAACUAGAUCCGGACUUUCCACCAGAACCUGAGCCAAAAUCUCCCAAGGAAAAUGACAACAUGCAACCUUGUCAGUGCCCGGAACAAUUCUUUGACAUUGGAAAUGCACUAACCUGUUCGGGUGAUGGCUUGGAUGAUGACUUCUUUCGUGAUUGUGAGGAUGACGAGGAAGUAAAAAAGUUCGAAAGUAAGGAUGAUGGUAAAGCAACCACGGAGCCGGAUCUCUGCCAAUCUCUUAAAGCAUUCAUCGACAAGGAACUGCAAGAAAUUCUUGCGGAGGAGGCCAAUAAGGAAGGCGAGGAGGUAGAAGAAAAAACUCCUAGCACAGUACUAAGGGAAAUCUGUGAGAGACCCACAACCGUGGCGUCACCGGAAGAAGAGGAGAAACCAGAACAGAUUGAGUGUCCAUUUGCUGGCAUGGUGUCCUGUCCUCCUUGGACCACACAGCAAACAGACUGGGCAGCCUUCCCCUACAACUUAGAUCCCUGUGCGCAAAAGGAGUCACCUAGCCCGGCGCCCCGGGGUCCACGUACUGGGCUAUUGCCCGAAGGACCUCUGUCACCCGAUAUGAGGAACCUCUGCGAGCAGCUUUUGCGAAAAGCUCUUAAGGAUUGUGGUCUGUGUGGUGGUGACGAUGUGUACUCCUGCGAGGACGAUGUAUGCGAAGAGUGCGCGCUGAAUUGUGAGGAAUGCCCGGAAGAUUGCCCGUUGGAAAAGUGCGAGGAAUGCGAUGAUGAGUGUCCCCCAGAACAACAAGGAUGCCUAUGCUGCCACUGUCGCGCUCUCAUAUGCGACGAGGAGUGCAAGACGGUUGCCAAUACCCUGCGCUCCGGAAUGUGUGAUCCACUCUGCGAAAUGAAAUACUUUAUAGACUCCAUCAUCGUUGAUAUGCAUGCCAUGGAUUGUGUGCUCGGCAACAAGAAAGCGAAACCAAAGCACCUUAAGGCUACAGACUUGACCAACAGAGGUGGACCCGGCGAUAGUUUUCCCGUCAAAAUUAAGAGUGUGUGGCCAUUGGGUAACACCGCUCUCUACGUCCAAUGGCAAUUGGAGGACUGUCGCGCUGUAGCAGGAUAUGAGAUUUACUUGGAUGGGCAUUUGACGAACCGAUUUUACAGUUUUCGUCACGAGGCCGGAGUUAUUACCAAUGCGGAUGUGACCAAUCCGCACCAGGUUGUGGUGCGCGCCGUAGCGGUGGGUCAGGAGUUUCCCGGCGAGGGUCCGGGUAAGGAUGCGACCCAGGAAUGUGGCUGCCAGGCGGUGGCACUUGCUCAUCCCGAAUUGAAGGCGGGAGCACAGAGGCCGUGGUCGCCCAGUCUCUACUAUUAUGAUCCCAACCAAUUGCCGCCGGCGGAGGACGUGCAGCCGUGCUAGUCAUGAAUCAUAUGUAUAUCAUUAUAUCGAAUAUCGUCGGAUAUCACCGUUAUCGGAACAAAGGAGCUAAACGCUCCCUCACUUUUUAGCUUGUACAUAUAGCGUAUUGAUAUGUAGUGUUUGUUAAGAGUUCUUUAUCUGGAGGAUACCAAUUGAAAUCGUCUGUACGUAGUGCUUUGCAUAGUGCCUUAAAUCGUAAUAGUAUAUCGUAAGCAAAUAUCAAUGCAUUGUAAUGGAAUUGAAAGCAGGUGGCUUCAUUCCGAUGGCACGUUUGAGUUCACCAACACCAAAUUCACUUUAAAUAAAUGAAUCUCAUUGUUAGAGAUG